AUGUGCGACUUUUCUCAGCUACAAAGGUGGGUCAGUGCACAGUGCAGCUUGGUUGAAGAUGGAGACCAAUACAGUGCCUUGUCUCAACUCCAUGCCCAGGGCCUAAAGGAAAAGAAGAAAGACCAGGGCAAGAACUGCAGUACACUAGUGUACUCUGUCACUGAGAUUCCACCAUGGUACCUCUGCAUCCUGCUAGGGAUUCAGCACUACCUGACAGCUCUGGGUGGUCUUGUAGCCAUCCCUCUGAUCCUGUCCAAAGAGCUUUGCCUGCAGCAUGACCCCUUGACCCAGGGUCACCUGAUCAGCACCAUCUUCUUUGUCUCGGGAAUUUGUACCCUCCUUCAAGUCCUCUUUGGAGUCAGGUUGCCCAUUCUCCAAGGAGGGACUUUUGCGUUCUUGACUCCUUCCCUUGCCAUGCUCUCCCUCCCUAAUUGGAGAUGCCCUGCGUGGACGCAGAAUGCCAGCCAGGUGAAUGCUACUUCACCGGAGUUCAUCGAAGUUUGGCAGUCAAGGAUGCGAGAGCUGCAGGGAGCCAUCAUGGUCGCUUCCUGUUUCCAAAUCUUUGUUGGAUUUUCUGGCCUGAUUGGAUUUCUGAUGCAAUUCAUUGGUCCCUUGACCAUUGCCCCAACCAUAACCUUGGUUGCGCUGCCUCUCUUCAACUCUGCAGGAGAAGAGGCUGGCUCACAUUGGGGCAUAUCAGCCAUGGCCAUUUUCUUCAUAGUUCUGUUCUCUCAGUACCUGAAAAAUGUGCCUGUGCCACUGCCAUCGUACCAAGGAUCCAGGAAGUGCCACUUCUCUAAGGUCUACCUCUUCCAGAUCUUCCCCGUUCUUCUUGGCCUCGCCAUUACUUGGCUGAUAUGUUUUGCACUCACUGUUACCAAUGCCUUCCCCUCGGACCCGGCAGUUUAUGGCUAUCUGGCUCGGACUGACAUCAAAGGAGACGUUCUCUCCCAAGCACCCUGGUUCCGGUUUCCGUACCCAGGCCAGUGGGGAGUUCCAACAAUCAGUUUGGCUGGGAUAUUUGGUAUCGUUGCUGGAGUGAUUUCCUCUAUGGUGGAGUCAGUAGGCGAUUACUAUGCCUGCGCCCGACUGUCUGGUGCCCCACCCCCUCCGAAGCAUGCUAUCAACCGUGGAAUUGGAAUUGAGGGAAUUGGCUGUCUUCUGGCUGGGGCGUGGGGAACAGGGAAUGGCACCACUUCUUACAGUGAGAAUGUUGGCGCGCUGGGAAUCACCCGGGUAGGAAGUAGAACAGUAAUCAUUGCUGGUGGCUGCGUGUUGCUUGUGAUAGGCAUGUUUGGGAAGAUCGGCGCUGUGUUCGCCAGCAUACCAACACCCCUGAUUGGAGGACUGCUCCUUGUGAUGUUUGGAAUCAUCACUGCUGUGGGAGUUUCCAAUUUGCAGUAUGUGGACAUGAACUCCUCAAGAAACCUGUUUAUCUUUGGAUUUUCUAUAUAUGCGGGUCUGGCAAUUCCCAACUGGGUAAACAAAAAUUCUCAAGUGCUAGAAACAGGUAACAAUGAGCAUCCUCAUUUAUUGGGACCAUCCUCCCAAGUAUGAAACUGAAGUCAAUACAGAUA